CGAAUUGCAUUGUCAUUCGAACUAAAUCCAUCAUGCCAGAACCGGUAGCAGCCCCCACCGAAGCCGUUCCCGUGCCACCACCGACAGAAGCCGAGGAAAAGCCGAAAUUGAAGCCAUGCUGCGCUUGUCCAGAGACCAAGAAAGCCAGAGAUGUAUGUAUAGUGGAGAAGGGUGAGGCAGAGUGUGGAGAUCUGAUUGAAGCUCACAAAGACUGCAUGAGGAAAAUGGGCUUCAAUAUAUAACAACUGGACAAGACCCACAAGAAAUGAUGUCUCCAGGAACUUGCGGUUGAGCCGUGAGAUCUAGAAUGCAUGGCAGAUCAGAGAUUAUCUGGGAUAAAGCAGGAUUUAUUCGUCAAUUUAUUCAUCAAUUUAUUCACGUUUUUUGGGGUUGUUUUUGUUUUGGUUUAAAUUAACUUUGUAUGUUGUGGAAAAUUUCCAUUUUUAUGUCAUUAAUUUCAAAGCAGGUGAAAGCUACAUAAAAUGAUACUUUGCUGUAAUUUCAUUUAUAAUGCCUUUUUUUUUUCAAAUUGAGUGACUAAGAUCCAUUAACAUUUAGCAGGGUACAAAAAAGGCAAGCCCAAAAUUUCAUAAACCUACCUUAGUUUAAAAAUAAUGUGAUGUGAUUUUCUAGUAAUUUUUUUCAAAGCAGCUUUGGCCUUUUAACAAAUGAAUUUUUCAAUUUAUUAGCACGAUCACCUUACAAAUAAAUUACAAGAUUUAUCAGGAAUUUGUAGUAUAAUGUGUAAUGUGCCAUGGAUAAUAUUUCCUUCAUAUUUGUUCCUCUUUUUUUUUAGGUUGAAUUUCUCAAAUGAAUGCUUUUGGAUGCUUUGGUAUCGAAAACACAACUUUGAGCAUUUACUCUAUGAAGUGAAUUUCACGGAGAUUCAUUUUGAAAGUAAUAUGAUCAUUUAUGAUGAUUGCAACAUCCUUUCCAUAAAAGAUAUGACUGCUGAAGUUCGAUCACCAAAAGUCUUGAAUUGAAAAAGCAAAUCUGUGUGUGUGUGUUUACUAUUUAGUUCAUAUUUUUGAAUUUUAAUCAACUUUUUUUGGGGUGAUAUGUAUAAUUAGAAUGUAGCCAAUUUUUUUGACUAUGCAAUAAAUCAGGUUUUAAAUUACAUGUAAAAUACACUUCAUAAAACUAUAUCCGCUUCUGGUGUUUCAUAUUCUAAAAUUCUUCAGAAAAUGCACUUUCGUUUUAAUUGAUGGUGGUCUCUGAAAAUUAUUCAGGACGCCUGCUCUGAAUUUUCUUAUAAAUCAGGGUACGUUUUGACAUGCAUGGUUGUUUUUUUUCUGAAAGGAAGCAUGCAAUAUGAAUCCGUUCAACCAUGUCGGUACACUGCCUGCAAAACUGAGCCAUCGAUUUUUAUGAGUUCAUACUUGGACUCGUUCAAAAAUGGAAGGUUUUUCCAUUGUAGUUUUGUUUAUGUUCUCUCAGCCGCACAUUUUAAAUGAAUUUGAAUUUAGCUUCGGUUUGAUUUACACCUGUCCACUCUUUAUAGUUUAAUAUAAUGUGAACAUCUAGAUCUGCGAAUCUGUGCUUUUACAUGUAACUUCAGAGGUAUAUUUAUAAAAUAAAUGUUGACUUGAAGAAGAGU